AUGUCACAAGAACCCAGAAUCCCUGACGUCUAUGGCCCCGGUACUCACACCGACCGCGCCUUCAUCCCCGUUCCCCAAGACACAAACCGCAUCUUCCGUCUCAUCGCCUCCCAAACACCCGGCUUCACCCAAGAUGAAUCCGUCCUCUCAAAAGUCAGAUUCACAGGCGAUGAUUUCCCUGUCAUCUCCGGCCCCAUCAAGGCUGUCUCAGUAGCAGCUGCUCUCCACGCCAUGGCCGGUGUAGUAGCCGAUGAGAUUCUCACCCUUCGAGGUGUUGAGAACAAAGAGCGCAAGAUCACUGUUAAUACUACACAUGCUGGUCUUUGGUUUGGCAACAUCGCUACCGCGUACGUUGAUGGGAAGGAUGUUUUUGCGUUGGCCAAGUCUGGAGAGUUGAAGAAGCUUUUGCCGGAUUGGGAGAGAGGCUGGGUUGAUACGCCUCUCAAGUAUCGCACUACAGGUCUUUAUCCUACUUCCGAUCCUGACGUUUGGUACUCCCUUCACGGCUCGAUGAACGCCGAGCCAGUUCUCAAGUCCAUUGGUGUAAACCCAUCUGAGGCCAUCAAAUCAAACGAAGAAGCAGCCGCGCACAUCGCAAAGAUUACAAGCAAACUCUCGCCUGAGAAGCUUGAGUUCACAAACCUUGUUAAUGGUAACUGCGGCAGUAUCUGCUUCACACCCAAGCAAUGGAACGAAAGCGAGAUGGGCAAGUCCCUCGCUGCUCAUCCCCUCAUCAACGUCAAGGCUCAGCCUCACGCUAUUCCUACACCGCCCGUUGCUUUCCCUCCUCUCGAUCUAGCCGAUAAGCGUCCUUUGGCUGGUAUCAAAGUUGUUGAGAUGACCCGCGUUAUCGCCGGACCUCAAAUCGGCACGAUUCUUUCUAGCUUCGGCGCUGAUGUUAUUCGGGUUAAUCCCCCUCACUUGCCUGAUAUCAACAUUAUGCAACUUACUCUCAACGCUGGAAAGCGCACUAUCGCUAUUGAUCUGCGAAAGCCUGAGGAUGCAGCUAUCAUCAAGUCUCUUAUCGCCGGGGCAGAUGUUUUCAUUCAAGGCUUCCGUAUGAACAAGAUGCCAAAGUUUGGUCUUGGACUGAAUGACAUCCUCAAGAUGGCAGGCGAGCGAGGCCGCGGUAUCGUUCAUGUUUCGGAGAACUGUUACGGUCCUGAUGGAUACUACGCUGAGAGACCUGGUUGGCAACAGAUUGCAGAUGCAGCUGCGGGAUCAGCAUACGUCACUGGCCGUUCCCUCAACUUGCCCAACAAUGAAGCUGUUCUGCCUUCACUACCCGUCAGCGACAUGACCACUGGCGCUCUCGGCGCAGUAGGCACUCUUCUCGCCCUUCGCGAUCGCGCCACAAAGGGGGGAAGCUACGCAGUUCACGCAUCCCUCGUCGCAGUCAAUACUUUUGCUCUUCGCUCCGACGUCGGUCUCUACUCACCCGAAACCGUCGCUGAAUGCGCUAAGCGUUUCCAAUGGGCUGAGAUGAGAGGAUCGCAUCAUGUUCUUGAUCUUCUGAUGACGGUUUGGGACGGCUGGAAGAGAGUCUUUGGCAAAGAGUUGGCUGAAGAUGGUGGAUGGUACCAGAGUUUCGAGACAAGUGCUUUUGAUGGAAAGAAGCUGAGUAUUCUUAAGCCUGUUGUUAGUUUGAGCGAUGAGGAGGUGACGCCGCGAUGGAAGACGGCUAGUGUUCCUUAUGCUUACGAGAAGGCUAAGGGCAUCAAGUUUCAGUGA